AGCGUCAAUACGACCGGCGCUGACUUGGCACAAUUGGCACACACCGAAUUUCAGGCAUGGGCUGACUGAUUGUGAGUACCUGUCUGUGAUGUUUCUCCUUCGUCAUGACUGCCCGCCUCCUUCACCCAGACGAGUAUGAGCUAGACACUCGCUCGUCAGCGGAUUCUCAGGGGAGCUUCAACCUCGACGAGGCCGAUUUCGAAUCACAAGUGCCUCCGCGACCUAGGCGGGUGUUGAGACAGAUCCCAUUGCUCGCGAGAUUAUUUUUGUCGACCAAUUUUGCUUAUCGUCCCUUGAAGCCUUCGCGACGAUUUCUCUGGGGUUCGACGCGCCUUGCUUACCCCCGCCUGCGAUUUCGCCGCUGCUUUCUUCGCCUCCAUGCAGUUGCAGGUAUCAUUUGUGCCCUUGUCAUCCUGACGGCGAUUUUCCGACCUUCGUAUACCCGGCUGCCGCCACAUUAUUCGUCGCUUCGAGAUGCAGUAUCGCAAUCGACUGAACCCGGCCGUGGAAAUCCCCGUAAUGAGAAAGUCUUCAUCGCGGCGAGCUUGUACGACCGCAAUGGAGACUUGGCACAAGGGCAUUGGGGCGCUAGUGUCCUACGGUUGAUUGAUCUACUCGGGAAAGACAAUGUCUUCCUGAGUGUCUACGAGAAUGAUAGCGGAACGGAGGGCGAGCGUGCUCUUCGUGGUCUAGAGGAACAGAUUACGUGCGAGAAAUCCAUUGUUUUCGAGGAACAUCUAGAUUUAGCCACGCUUCCAAAGGUCAUUGUCCCUGACGGAUCCAGGAGAACGAAGCGCAUCGAGUACUUGGCCGAAGUUCGAAACCGAGCACUUCGCCCCCUCAACAAUCAGCAUGAGGUGCAGUACGACAGGCUUCUAUACUUAAACGAUGUUGCCUUUGACCCCAUCGACGCACUCCAUCUUCUGUUCUCUACCAAUGUGGCAGAGGAUGGUAGCGCUCACUAUCGGGCAGUCUGUGCGAUCGACUUCAUCAAUCCUUUCAAGUUUUAUGACACUUACGCGACACGGGAUUUGCAGGGUUACAGCAUGGGCCUUCCUUUCUUUCCUUGGUUCUCGACCGCAGGCGAAAGUCAAAGUCGGGAGGAUGUCUUAUCAGGAAAGGAUGCUGUUCGGGUCCGCAGUUGCUGGUCGGGUAUGGUGGCUUUUGAUGCGCGGUUCUUUCAAGGAUCUCCAGGGAACCAAAAGUACAAAGGUGUUGAAACACCUGUACAGUUCCGUGCUUCACAUGAACUGUUCUGGGAAGCAUCUGAGUGCUGCCUCAUCCACGCAGAUAUCCAGGACCCAUUUGCCACAGGGGAAGACAGCGGCAUUUAUCUGAAUCCAUUUGUCCGUGUCGCGUACGAUCCGCGUACUCUGUCUUGGCUCGGUACGACUCGGCGGUUUGAGAAAAUAUAUUCUUUCAUUCAAAAUCUGGGUAGCCGCUUUGUCGGACUCCCAUGGUUCAAUCCUCGUCGAGAUGAGGUUCCUGGACAAAUAGUCAAACAGACAGUCUGGGUUCCAAAUGGAGAAGCCGGGAGCGGUUCGUUCCAGGCUUUUGACAGGGUCGCAGGAAAGGAUGGCUUCUGUGGACGCCCGGGGCUCCAGUUUAGCAACCGUGUUACUGGAGUAAUCUAUGGGGUGCUCGAUUCUCUGAUGGAUCGGGCCUCCUUGGCCAGUCUCGAGGAAAGCCGUCAUGCCCCCAAGUCUGCAAAGUGGAAGGCAGUGAGGACUUCUGGUGCUCGUCCCCGUCCGAAGGCGGCCCUCGUUGCCUCUGUCAACUCAACCAACGCGUCUUCGUUCACUCCGGCUUCACCCUUCACAUCUCCCUCUUCUAUCUUGGACUCCGCCAACCCCCCCAGCUCCUCCUCCUCUUCCUUGAUCACGCAGCAAGUCUGUCCCGAACAGGGAGAAAACAGAUCUGAGGCCAUGUAUCCCGUCGCUGACGUGGACGAUACCGCCGGCUUCAUGGCUGCCGCGCGCGCCUGGAAGCCGGAGAGAGACUACUUCUCAGCCUCCUCCUCUCAGUCUGCGGACGCGUGUAAUGAUGACGGUAGUCACGAAGACAAGACUGGUGAUGCUUUCAGGACCAACGCGGCCGCUGUUUAUGAUGCGUUCUGCAUCCCCGGUGAGGAUGCUUUCGAUGGAUUUGCUCCCCCUCAGUCUGAUGCUGGAAACUUCGAAGCAGAAUCCGAGAUCCAGCAGUCAGUCACAGAAUGGGACGGAACUGAUAACACUGUGAAACAGGAGCAGCAGCCUAUUACUGUUGCCACUGCUAGCCGAUCUCUUCCUGCUACCCACGCCUCUGAGGAAGAUCGCGAGAACCUGACUACUUUCAAGUCUUGGGGACCACCUGCUCCCCGGGACAAACCCGCUGCUCGUAUCCGCCGCAUCAUCAUUAAGGGCCUUCCUGCUGCCUGGUGUAGCCCUGCCAAAGUCCUGUCCUUCGUGCAUGGUGGUACCAUCGACAGCAUCAACGUGACUCCAUCUGGAACCGCCCACAUUCUGUUCUGCGACGCCGAUGCCUGUAGGGCGUUCUACGACAAAUAUCCCAACGGCAUUGAUCUGGACCGGGACAGGAAGAUCACUGUGUUGGUGGAGAUGGGACAGGAAGUUGAUAUUAUCCCCUCUGGUCUCUCUUUCAGUCUUUCUGUCGGUGCUACACGUGUUGUUCGUGCCGUUGGAGCUCAAUUGGAUGUCAGCAUGGAGCAGUUGGUCAAAUUGGCGACUUCCAAGAACGGAAAGCUGGAGAAGAUCAUCGACACCUACACCCCCGGCGAAGCCCGCAGCAUCAUAUUCCGUUUCUGCAGUGUCGAUGAUGCUGUCCGCUUCCGUGCCUCCUUUGUCCGCAAGGUCGAUUUCGAGCAGUGCAACGUUCAGUAUGCGGCUGAUCCCUGCGAGACUGCGACUGGCUAUCAUGUCGACUAAACGUCCGAUGCUUAUGAGUGUGCAAGGACCUCGAUUGUGGAUCUCUGGUGAACUAAACGGCAUCUUAUGGUGUUCUGUCCUUCUGGGUGGUACUUGAUCGCGUCGUCAAGUUGGAAAACUGGGGUGGCUUUAG